ACCACGUCAUUUGCUAAGUUUUAAUGUCAAAAAACUGUCAAAGUAUUAAACUAAACUAAACGCCGGGCUGUGCAUUUACACAUUUAUUUAGAAUCAAAAUGACUUCUAUAGCUUCCGUAAUCCCUAAGCUGUAUCAAGAAUACACAACAAAAACUGCCAAGAAGUUGAAAAUCAUUGACGCGUAUCUUCUAUAUGUGUUCUUGACCGCCGUCAUACAAUUCGUUUACUGUUGCCUCGUCGGCACAUUCCCAUUCAAUUCCUUUCUCAGCGGCUUUAUUUCUACAGUCAGCUGCUUUGUCCUCGGAGUAUGUUUGAGACUACAAGUUAAUCCAGAGAACAAAAGUGAAUUCUUGGGCCUGAGCGCUGAGAGAGGAUUUGCAGAUUUCAUAUUUGCACACUUAGUGCUGCAUAUUGUGGUUAUAAACUUCAUAGGAUAAGCCUUUCUUUAGUGUAUUCUUUCUGUUCAGUAAUAAUAAUAUUGCAUUCAUUAUA